CGAGAAGAGGGGGGUGAGUGAGAGAAAAUAAGAGGAGAGGGAGGAGAGAGGGGGAGAGAUAGCUCAUUGAUUAUGCGUGGUUUUUCUUUGCUGUUGCUGCGUUCUCUUAAAGGUUGCGUCCGCAUUUGAGAGAGAGGCUUGGAGUGAGGCGAGAGAGCGAAUAGGGGUGAGCGAGAGAAGAGAGAGGGGGAACAGAGCGCACUGAUUGUGCGUGCAUUCUCUCCAGCUGUAUACAACUCUUACCGCCGUCGGAGAGAGAGCGAGAAGGGAGAGAGAGAGAUCUUGCGACAAAAGGGGAGCUGGGGUAGGGAGAGUGUGGGGGAGAGUGGCGCGCGUGCUAUCACAGUUCGCUGCGCCUGUUUGCGCAGAGCAAGCGGAUUGCAGACACACGUGGGUCACGCGGGAGAGAUACAGACUCUGCAGAUCGACUCAGACGGAGGUAUCGACGGGAGGGAGGCAGAGAGCUACGGAGAUCACGCUGAGCGGAUGAACGACAAAGUCGGGCGGGCACACACGCAGACGGACAGACAUACGCACUGAGACACACGUACACCGCACGCAGACCAGACGGACACGCAGGCACAAACACGGAGUGAGCCACACACGGAGGCUCAAAAGAGGGAGAGGGAGAUACAGGCGGAGGCAGAGGGACUCACAAACGGAGACAACCCCCCCAAAGCGGGACACAGGGAGACGGAGACGUAGAGACGCACAAAGGAACACACGCACGCACGCGCACGCACACACGCGCGCGCGCGCGGGGUCGCAUAGAGACGAAUACACGAGAGAGGAAGCUCACACGAGGAGACUCGACAAAGGAAGGCAACGCACAGACGCAGCGAGGGGGUGACGGAGGAAGAUCGAGGGACACCGAGAGGAAGGCACAAACGCACGCAUACGGAGACACGCGGAGGAGCGAUUUCCAUACAAUGACGGACAUGGAAUGAUGAGAGACUGCGAGCACAGAUCGCGUGUAUCAAAUCCGCACUGUGAGCACCGCAUUUCGGACAGCACCAGCGCCAUGGCGUCCAGUCAGCAGCUUCACCAGCACUACCACCAGCAGCAGCAGGGAGGAGACGUGGGUGCUGUGGAGGUGGACAUCCAUUAUGAGUCCCGCAAGCGGCCUCUGGAAGACGCGACGGAUCAAGGGGUGAAUAGCAAGAGGAUUCACACCGACGAGGGGCAGUUCUACAUGAAGGUGCUCAUCCCCAGCUACGCCGCCGGCUCCAUCAUCGGCAAGGGCGGACAGACGAUCGUGCAGCUGCAGAAGGAGACUGGAGCCACCAUCAAGCUCUCAAAGUCAAAGGACUUCUACCCGGGCACCACGGAACGGGUGGCGUUGAUUCAGGGCUCGCCCGAUGCCCUCAACUCUGUGCAUGACUUCAUCGCCGAGAAGAUCCGGGAGAUGCCCCCGAGUCCUGGCGAUCGUGGCGGCGGAGGUGGCGGCGGCUCCGGAGGAGGAAUGUUGGGUAACGGAGGAGCCCACGGCGAGAGCGAUGGGGCUGUGGGGAGAUUCGAAGGCUCCGUGGGGCCCCUUCCUCCGCAGACGGCCGUCAGCUCCGACCGCAUGAAGCAGGCCAAGAUCAUCGUGCCCAACACGACGGCGGGCCUUCUCAUCGGCAAGGGCGGCGCCACCGUCAAGUGGAUCAUGGAGCAGUCGGGGGCCUGGGUGCAGCUGUCGCAGAAGCCGGAGGGCGGCAUGCUGGUGGCGGGCGGCGUGGUGGCGGCCGCUGCCGCCGCUGCGGCUGCCGCGGCCGCAGGCGGUGGGCCGCCCGGCGUGGCGCUUGGUGGCCUGCAGGAGCGCGUCGUGACGGUGAGCGGCGAGCGUGAGCAGGCGCGCCGCGCUGUGCAGCUCAUCGUGCAGAAGAUCCAGGAGGACCCGCAGAGCGGCAGCUGCCUUAACGUGAGCUACGCCGGCAUCACAGGGCCCGUGGCCAACGCCAAUCCCACCGGCUCCCCCUACGCGGGCCCCACGCCCGGCGUGGGCCAGGCGGACGUGCUGCCCGCGGCUCUCACCGCCAGCCUCUUCGGCCAUUCGGGCCUGGCGGCGGCGGCCGGCGUCUCGCCCUUCCAGACCGCCGUGCUCCCCACGUGCUUCGGCGGCACGGACCACCUGGUGGCCAUCUCGUCGGCGCUCAGCACGCUGGCGGGCUACGGCUACGGCCUGCCAUCCUCGGCCGCCGCGGGACACCCGGGACUGACCCUGGGCCUCACCAGCCCGGCCACGGCCGCGGCGGUGGCGGCGGCGCAGGCCCACGCGCACCACCACCAUCACGCUCACCACGCCGCUCACCACCAUCACCACGGCGGCGGGGCCCCCGGCGCCGUGCCGCUCUCGGUGCCGUCCAUGCCCUCAGCGGCCGCCGCCGCUGCCGCCAUGCUGGGCGCCAACCUGGCGGCCGCCAACCUCCUGGCCGGAUACGGCGACCCCGCCGCCAUGGCCGGCGCGGCGCCGCCAGUGGGCGCCGCGUCGCCAUACCCCCUCGCCGGCAUCGCCCCCGUUGGCGCGGCCGGCGGGGGAGGUGGCUGCGGCAGCGGCGGCGGCGGAGGCGGGGGGCCGUACGGCGGCUCGCCGCUCAUGGCCGGCGCACUCCUCGCCGCAACCACCGGCGGCGGUGGUGGCAGUAAGCACGGCCAUGCAGCCCCGGCGUCGGCCGAGCCCGACAAGGAUUCGGCGGCGGCAGCGGCGGCGGCGGCGGUGGCGUCCGGGACAGCGGUGGAGAUUAACGUGCCAGAGACGCUGGUGGGCGCCAUCCUGGGCAAGGGCGGGAAGACGCUGGUGGAGUACCAGGAGGUGACGGGCGCGCGCAUACAGAUCUCCAAGAAGGGCGACUUCGUACCGGGCACGCGCAACCGAAGGGUGACCAUCACAGGCCCGCCGGCGUCCACGCACGCCGCGCAGUACCUCAUCACGCAGCGGCUGCAGUACGAGCAGGGCCUGCGGGCCGUCAACCCGCAGAAGGUCGGCUAGUGGAGGGCUGGCGCGCAGCCCGCGGCCCACAGCCCAUGGUGCUGGAGGCGGUGGUGGUUUACAGGUAGGGGCUCGGAUAUGAGCGGAACCAACGAAAAUGAUACAGGGUGUCCGUAAACGCGCCGCCCAUUGUUGAAUUUUAAUUACGCAGUGGUUUGAGUCGUGUUCAACCCGCUGUCCAAUCACAAUUCAUGAGCAGUGGUGGGCGAUACCUUUACGGGCACGCUGUGCGACGACGGUUUCGUCAUCGUUGCUGUUGCAAUUUUCGCCCCGGGUAGGAUGGGGGGGGGAUGUGAAGCGGGUGGGGGAUGUGAA